AAUCAAUGAACUCGGGUCAGGGUUUCUCGAAUCAGAAAGUGUAAAUGGAUCGGUGAGCACCGUUAUUAGGGUUUCUGGUUUGCAGGCUCUGCAACUGGUUUUGAAGGAACCAUCAGCAAAAUAAGGAUAAGAAAAGGUUCGUUUCUUGCCGUUGAAUUGAGGCUUGGAAUCGUUUCUCAUUAAAGCAUUAGGUAUUUGGAAUGGUAAAAACUACUCGUCUCUGUCAGUUGAAUUAGCGUUUUUGGGAUUUGGGUUACUUACAAAGCGAUGCUCUAGAAUUAGCUCAGAAGAGGAUUCUAGUGGUGAGAUAGUAAGAAUGCAGAUUGGAGUUUCUGGUUUUGAUCUUGAGAGCCUGGGUUGGAGAAGGGGAUCUGAGGGUUUAAGCAAAGAUGACGAGGAAGAGGUCCCAACACAUUUGAACACCAUGAACAGUUGCUCUUUCUUGGGGGUUUCAACAGAUAAGCUCUCUAUUCAGUACACUGGUGAGGCUCUCCAUGGCCAUGAUGUUGGUGCAGUUCAGAGCAAUUGCCCUGCUCCUACUAAGAGGUUGGUCUACUAUUUUGAGAUUUUUGUGAGGGACGCUGGACAAAAGGGUUCCAUUUCGAUUGGUUUCACAAAUGAGAGAUUCAAGAUGAGGAGGCAGCCCGGAUGGGAAGCAAACAGCUAUGGUUACCAUGGGGAUGAUGGUCUUCUUUAUCAUGGACAGGGAAAGGGAGAUGCCUUUGGGCCAACAUUUGGCACUGGUGAUACAGUUGGUGGUGGUAUUAACUACGCUUCAAAUGAGCUGUUUUUCACUAAAAAUGGAGGGUUUUUGGGAAGCGUUUGUAAGGAUGUAAAGGGUCCUUUGUUUCCUACCAUUGGCGUUCAUAGUCCCCGUGAGAAGGUGGAUGUCAAUUUUGGACAACGACGAUUUGUUUUCGACAUUGAGGCAUUUGCAGCAGAGGAAAGAAUGAAACAACAAAUGGCUAUUGAAAAAGUAUCUUUACCGCUUAGCAUUAGCCACUGGAUUGUUCGUUCAUAUUUGCUACAUUAUGGUUAUCAAGAUACUCUCACCUCAUUUGAUAUUGCGAGCAAAGGAACAUUUCCUUCCAGUCCAAUUGAGCAUCAAAACAAUGGCACUAUCGAAGUAGAAGAGAUGUAUGCAUUAAGCCACCGGAAACUGCUACGCCAGCUUAUUCGGAGUGGAAAUGUUGAUUUGGCAUUUGUAAAACUUCAGGAAUGGUAUCCUCAGCUUGUGCAGGAUAACACAUCAACUGUUCGCUUCCUGCUUCAUUGCCAGAAGUUUAUCGAACUUGUCAGGGUUGGACUCCUAGAAGAGGCAGUAACAUAUGCGCGGGCCGAACUGGCACGGUUUUUUGCAAUGAAGCCUUAUGAGGAUCUUCUUCAGGAUUGCAUAGCCUUACUGGCCUAUGAGGAACCAUCAAAAUCAUCUGUUGGCUACCUUCUCGAUGUAGCCCAGAGAGAGGUGGCUGCAGAUGCUGUGAAUGCUAUGAUUUUGUCAACAAACCCUAACUCAAAGGAUUCAAAGAAUUGCUUGCAUUCAUGUCUUGAGAGGCUCUUGAGGCAGUUGACUGCUUGUUGCUUGGAAAGGAGGGCCCUAAAUGGAGAUCAAGGUGAGGUCUUCAAUCUUCACAGGGUUUUGCUUGGCGAGGGAAGCAAAUAGCACUCUCUCUCUCUCAAGUUUCUCUCUCUCAUGUUAUUCUCAAUGUUUUGUAUCGUUUAGCUUGAGAUCUCUGUCCAUUAUCGAUCCUGCAGUGAUUCUGGUUAUUUUCUUUUGCUGCACAUUUGUUUUCUUGUUUUUUUUUUAAAACUUUAAACAUUGUAUAGAUGGUUUAGAAUUUUGCUGCACAUUUGUUGUCCUUGUCUUACAAAUAUUGCAUAGGCCUUCUCUUUACUGUUGCUCUACAUCGGUUUGUACCUUUGUAGUUGUCUUCCAAAUAUUUCAAUGCCAUUUCUCUUCUUGCAAGAAUAUUGACUAGCAGCUGAAAUAUGAAAUACUAAUUGAUGA